AUGAAUCUUCGAGAUUGGGGACCGAAGGUUGAUGUUGUUGUUUUUUGUUUUCUUGACCUUGCUUCAAAUUAUGAACCCCCAGAUUCACUUGCGGAGUGGCUUGAAGCUGGUGAACAGCCUGUCUAUAUUGGAUUUGAUAGUUGGGGUGGCCUUGGUAAUUUGGCAGAACCAAGUGAUUCUGUGUAUUUAGUGGACAAUUGCCCCCAUGAUUGGCUAUUCCAACGAUGCUUUGCUGUGGUUAAAGAGGGUGCCGUUGAAAUUGCCAAGACCAUGGAUGGUGAAGAUGGGCUGACAGGAGCAGUGAAUGCCUUUCAUAGGCACUUUCCUCACAAUAAAUCUGAGGAUAAACUCGAGUCAUUGCCGACUAGAAGAGGAUUAUUUUCCAUCAGGAGGUGUUUUGGCUACUCCUCCUCCUACACAUGA